UAUAAAAGGUCCGUGACCGUGAGGGGAGGUGAUUUCAGGUCCUGUAAAACGCAGUAAAGCCUCUUUCUUGUGGAAUAUAAACCAAUGCUGUCAAGACACAGACCUCUCUUUCAACCUUUGGAUUUAGUCAUGCAUUAGAGACUCAUCACACAAAGCUUUGGGAAACCUGCAGGUGUACAAAUAUGAGGUUAUUAGUUGAUGUGUCUGUGCUCCUGCUGUGUUUUGUCAGCCGUGUAAGAGUAAUUUCGUCAGCGGUCACCAUCGAGUCCUGUCCGCUGGCAAAUGGAAACAUCAUUCAGACAAAGGCUGAAGAAACCAUCACACUGACCUGUGUUACUGAUCCUAGUAUUGACUCAUCAAACCAAAAUGAACUGCAGUGGUACCGAAACAGUGCCCAAGUGGAUCUGAAUGAAGGCAAUCGCUUGAACCAAAGCAGUUUGUGUGUACAGCCUAUUACCAAAGAGGACAAUGGAGUCAUCUUCACCUGUCAGUUAAAGGGGAAUGCAAGUGUGAACAGCUCAGUUGAGCUUAAUGUCCAAUUUGCCCCAGAUCUUAAUGACACUGAAGAGCUAUCUGUUGAGAAACAAAGCGAUGUCGUUUUGUCCUGUGAAAUACGUGCUAAUCCAGCAGUGACUGUGGUCUGGAAAAAAGAUGGCGAGGUUCUCGAUCUGACCACCGGUAGUUACAAAACCAACAGUGAUGGCAUCACCUCUACGUUAUCAAUGCAAAAGGUUAAACGUGAAGUACAUCAAGGAACAUACAUGUGUGAGGUGACUUCAUCUGUCUUUGGAAUAAGAAGCAAUACGUUUAAAGUUACUGUUGAAGAAAAAACAUUACAGUUUCCUCUAGGACCCAUUAUUGCUGGAGUGGUGGUGAUUGCUAGCACAAUUAUAUUAGCAAUCAUUUCCAGAUUAGACAAAAUUAUAAAGUGGUGCAAACGAAACUGACGAAUUGAGGAAUUUAAAAGUUUAAGGACAUCAUCACCAUCAUACAGCUACUUUUGGCAAAUAGAAGACCAUAAUGUAAUUCCUGUCAAAUCUGGGUUAUACUUAAAUAAAACUCAAAUGCCUCUUUUUAGGCUUUUAUGCAUUUUUGUUCAAUUAUUAAUCUAUUAUGAGAUGAGAAGUUUGUAUAAAAAGUUCCUGUACUUGAAUGCAUUUGUCCCUAAUUUUGACAUCAGCAAGUGCCCUUAAAAUGCCAUUGUGUUUUGUCUCUGAGCCAGCAUAGACAGCUUACAACAUUGAUGGUCAUCUUUACAGAGACACAAUAAAAUGAACUUGUUAUCAUA